UUCGUAACAAUCUUAUUCUGUUUUUGUCUCACACAGGGAAGCCAUGACAGCCGUAAAUAGCGUGAUCCUGUUGCUCUUUACCACCUAUUGGUAUAACUUUGGUUCUUGCGAAAGCUUAGGAAUAGCGGAAUGCUGCAAGAGCUGUGUUGCAAAGGUAAGGAACUGUUUCCGCACUUAUCGCAACAUUGUUACGACAAGUGUGGUCAUUCCUGAAUUGUGAGCGUCCAUUAUGUUCAAAAUUCUGCAUAUUGCAUCGGGAAAUAGAAAUAUUUCCGAGAGCAAGUUGAAUAUUUAAUCAAUCGGCAUUCUUGUUAGCAAGCGAUCAAAGUGUGUAACUUCAGGGUAAAAUUUCCGCAUAGUCCCAUACUAUUGCUAAACAAAUCUGUUUUCGCAAUGGCAAUGUAUUGUUUUUGUCGUUGUUUUCUCUACCCAAGAACUAAAUGCAUAAUGUAGGAUGAGGCUGUGCGGAAAUUUUACCGAUCUCAGUUACAAUCUUGAUGUUUGAUGUUUCCAUAACGCUGGUCGACUUGGCGGACGUUAAGAGUAAUUAACUAUAGUUUUUUAGAGCGACAGGAAUUAGCGACUUUGAUCACGUUCGACUGAAACGUGACCCAGGAUGUAGAGCAAGAGGAAACGUAAAAAAAAAAAUCGAUAUCUUUAGUGGAAACGUUACAUACAACUGUUAUCGAUUUUAAGUCAGAGCUUUGAGAAUUUAUGAGCAAUACCAAGUGACAAAAAAGUCGGUUCGAACUGAUAUUCCGUAAUUGUGACUCAUGAAUAGACACAUCAACAAAACAAACAGAACAUUCUGGGAAAUAAUUGACAUGCCUUUCAAAACUAUAAGACAGUUUUAUUGCCGGGUUCAUUUGCUACUUCUGGUUCUCAACAAAGGAAAGCCCAGCUUCCUUAAAUUAUCAUUUCCUAGAAACUCUGACUGAUCGGGAAUUUGAGUUAAUUAGAAAAGCAUCUUAAUCAUGCCCAACAGCCGUGACAUUUUUUUAUCGCUAACAUGAAUUUUAUAUAGAAAUUAGUAACAACAAAAGACGGAAUGAACGUAUCUGGCUGCUCUGAAUAAUUUUGCUAAAAUGUUUUUAUUUCUUGGUUCUGGACACUAUUGAAACAGAAAUCGAAAAUUGUCUUGAAUGCUGUUCAUUUUUGUUUGAGUAAACAAGUGGGAUAGAAGAUGAAAUGAUAAAUCAUUUUCGCCUGUCCCGGAGAUUGGUUAUUUGAAUUUUGUUGACAUUUCCAUCAGUAACAUUUUGUUUGCAGAGACUACGGUCACGCUCACAAAAAUUUAUGUGAUGAUCAAUUACGAGCCAGUAUCAUUCAAUAUCUGAUUGCUUAGUUCCACGGUUGUAUGCAAAAAAAUUCAUUUUUUACUUCCGGUUUUCAAUUUUCCUCGUUACCUUCUUUAGGGUACCAAAAUUUGUUGCCAAGUUAAAAUACUUAUUUCUUCAUCUGUGUUUACGUAUUUCAAAUUGAAACCAAUUUCAACUUACGGAGAAAUUUCAAGGUACAACACAGUUCAUAUGGCAUUAAACAGACACCAUGAUAGUGAAAGCGUCAAGGCAUGUCUGUUUUUGGAAAACAGGUGUUAUUGUAAAAAUGUUGCCACUUGCAAGAAUAUCAGGCUAUAAUUUUAGCUCUUAACAAAAGCGAAGUGAAAUCACGUUUUUAAAAUUCUUUCUUUUAAGAUUUCAGACAAGCAACUUUGCAAUGCAACGUGUACCCAGUUGAUUCCGGUAAAUUCUUCCCAGGGUAAGUAUGAAUGAUGAUUUUAUUUUUCUUCGAUAUUUUUAAUGUCAGAUGUCACUGACGGAAACCAAGUAGUACCGCAGUAGACGUCCAAAUAAAACUUAACAAGAUGUAAAUGUUGACCUUCCCUACAAGCAAUGCAAAUAAAAAAAGGGGAAAAAUGGAAGCAUCAUCGACGAAUGCCCAGCUUCCGGAAACGUUUCAAAUUUAUUUUUAUUAAGUUGGUAAUUUUUUUGUUAGAAAGAUGUCUAACAUUUGUCUGAAUAUUGAACAAAACAGAAAUGUAGUCACGAAAGGUUUUGAAAAUCUGGCGAAAUCCGCUUCACUAACCGUUUAAUUCCCAAGAUCUGAUCGUUAAUUCUCCUCUCUGGCUGCAAUACAUCUCCCUCUAAAUUAGUUAUGAGAAUUUCGUUUAGAUCAAGAUAACAACUUCUGCCUGAUUGGUUUGCAUAUUUUCAUCACCUGUUUGCUGGAUAAGGAAUGAAUGUUUUGGGGAGAAGUUACAAGUUGAUCGCAGCCAGGAGUUAAAGGGUUUGCAAAUGCCUUGCAGAGAAAUUGAUAGCAAUCGAGCUACACCAUACAUUAGGUCGUAAACGAUAAUCGUCCUGCAUACCUCUAAAACGUUUUUUUUUCACCGUACUCUUUUGAAGCAAGCAACAUCACAACAGUAUCACCAGUUCCAGAUGCUCCCAUUUUGCUUUCGUCCGGUUAUUUCACUUUCACACUGGACUGGAGAAGUAACAGU